AUGAAGUCCAUCGCAGCCGCUGCCACUCUCCUCAGUCUCCUGCACGGAGCCACCGCCUCCAUCACCUGGGGCACCAUGUGCACCGGCACCGAGUUCACGGGCACCUGCACAAACUACCAGAGCACCAACGUGAACCAAUGCAUCUCCUUCGCCGGCAAAGACGCAAGCUGGAAUGAUAAGGUCCAGUCCGUCAGCGUGUGGGAUGGCAACGUCUGCACCUUUUGGGUUGAUGUUGGCUGCAGCGGUUCCAGCAGCGGAGCGCUGGAGGGAGCGUUUGCCACCAUCGGCCAGCCUAAGCAGUGGAGUUCCUUUGCCUGUGACUACGCCUAG